AUGCAUUCGUGCGAAAACGCUCAUGCUUUUGAGGACCCAGGCUUGCAUGCACCAACCCAAUCGUACCUAGGAUUGUUCGGUCAUUCAGUGCUGCAGGAGCCGUCGGGUUUCUACCUCUUGAAAGAGCAGGCUGUUAGCGAUGCCGAGCAGUACGUCAGAGAAGCCACGGACCCCAAUCGAAGGCGCAAGAUGGUCCAAGUCUUCGACGACUUGUCAGAUGCCCUCUGCCGUGUGGCAGACAUGGCUGAAUUUGUCCGAAUCGGUCAUCCAGAAGGAAGAUUUUCCUCGGCAGCUAUGGAUGCAUCCGUUUCCAUCAACAACCUUGUUGAAAAGCUAAACACAGACAGGAGGUUGUACGAUGCCCUUAAUGAAGUGGUUCGAAAAGGGGAUGUUGUUCCGACGACAGAGGAGGAUGACCAUGUGUCCAAGCUAUUUCUAUUUGACUUUGAGCAGAGCGGCAUCCACCUGGACGAGGCCACACGCAAGGAAGUUGUUGCUCUCAACGACUUCGCCCUUCACGUGGGGAGUCACUUUGCCAACAAUGCAUUGCAGCCCCGUACUGUGAAGAAGGCGAAUCUCCCAGAAAGCGUCCGUGGCUGCUUUGCCAGUGAUGGGGAGCAUGUUAUUGUCCCUGGUCUCUACACAGAUGCUGACAAUGAGCUGGUGCGAGAGGCUGCGUACCGUGCCUACCUUUAUCCGGAUAAGCACCAGAGCGAGCUGUUGGAUGAGCUCUUGGGGGCGCGGCACCGUCUUGCGCAACUCUGCGGGUUUCCCAGCUUUGCACACCGCGUUUUGCGUGGCAGCAUAGCAGGCAGCCCCGACGUCGUCGAACAGUUCUUGGGCAUCCUCUCGUCACAACUGAAGCCCAGGUGA